UUCUUCUUGGUUCGUAUUUAUCUUUUUGGGGAGACUGCAAGAGGAGAUCGAGGAAGGCGAUCUGAAUCGGAUUGAGAAGCGAUGGAGAAGGCGAUCAAUCGGCAGCGAGUCCUGCUUCAGCACCUGCAGCCAUCAACUGCUGCUUCUGCGCCUUUGAUCUCGGCAUCUGCAUGUGCUGCUGGCGAUAGCGCUGCUUACCAGAGGACCUCUUGCUUUGGGGACGACGUUGUUAUUGUUGCUGCUUACCGAACUGCAAUUUGUAAGUCCAAGCGAGGGGGUUUCAAGGAUACAUACCCUGAGGAGCUUCUUUCUGCUGUUCUGAAGGCUUUGUUGGAUAAGACUAAGCUCAAUCCAAAUGAAGUGGGGGACAUUGUGGUUGGCAGUGUUCUGGCACCAGGCUCCCAAAGAGCCACUGAAUGCAGGAUGGCUGCAUUCUAUGCUGGUUUUCCUGAAACUGUCCCAGUUAGAACUGUGAACAGGCAGUGCUCGUCAGGGCUUCAGGCAGUUGCUGACGUUGCUGCUGCUAUCAAAGCUGGAUUCUAUGAUAUAGGGAUAGGUGCUGGCUUAGAAUCCAUGACUGCAAAUGCAAUGGCUUGGGAUGGUUCAGUAAAUCCAAAAUUGAAUGAGUUUAAACAAGCCCAAGAUUGUCUGCUUCCCAUGGGAAUUACUUCAGAGAAUGUAGCACAACGCUAUGGGGUGACAAGGAUAGAACAAGAUCAGGCUGCUGUUGAGUCUCAUAAGAAAGCUGCUGCUGCUACUGCUGCUGGUAAAUUUAGGGAGGAAAUUGUUCCAGUGACGACAAAGAUUGUAGACCCAAAAACUGGUGAGGAAAAGCAAGUGACCAUUUCUGUUGAUGAUGGUAUUCGGCCAGAGACAUCUCUCUCUACUUUGGCAAAGCUAAAACCAGUAUUUAAAAAGGAUGGAAGUACAACUGCUGGCAACUCAAGCCAAGUAAGUGAUGGUGCUGGAGCUGUCCUCUUGAUGAGGAGGGAUGUAGCAAUGCAGAGGGGACUUCCAAUUAUUGGUGUUUUCAGGAGUUUUGUUGCAGUUGGAGUAGACCCUGCUGUGAUGGGUAUUGGUCCAGCAGUUGCAAUUCCAGCAGCAGUAAAAUCUGCUGGUCUUCAGAUUGAGGACAUCGACUUGUUUGAAAUAAAUGAGGCUUUUGCAUCUCAAUACACAUAUUGCUGCAAGAAACUGGAGCUGGAUCCAACAAAAGUGAAUGUUAAUGGAGGUGCUCUUGCUCUCGGUCACCCCUUGGGCGCAACAGGUGCCCGCUGUGUGAGCACACUUCUAAAUGAAAUGAAGCGCAGAGGCAAAGAUUGCCGGUUCGGGAUCGUCUCAAUGUGCAUAGGUAGUGGAAUGGGUGCUGCUGCUGUCUUCGAACGCGGUGAUGCUGUGGAUGAACUUACCAAUGCCAAGAGGAUCCAGUCCCACAACUUACUAUCCAAGGAUGCCAAGUAGAACAAUUCGCCAAAGAAGCGCUGGUAUCUGCGAUUGUUUCUAAUAAUAAGAUUGUCAUGUGUUGUAUUCGAGCAGAUAGUAAAAGACACAAAUAUUGAUCACAUGGAACAAACAUUACGGCUUUGCGAAAUUUGUACAUUACUGCAGUGCAAGUUUGGCAAGCUAGUUAGUUGUAUCGGUUUGUGGGGUUAGAUCUUGGAAUUUUCGGUUCUCUUAAAUUGUUUUAUAUUAUACAUCAA